CCACUUACAGAACCUCGCCUUUCGUAGGCUAUCGGGGCCGGCUGAAUGGCAUACUGUCCCGCCCUCGUUGACACCUAAGAGCUGCUGGCCUCCUACAUUCUAUCCCCUGCUUACGUGGUUGACUCACAGGCCCCUCUAAAGUGCUUAAGACUCGCUAUGGGAGGUCGUCUCGUCGCCCGAAAACGGGCGGAACAAGACAGGCUCCGCGAAAAGCGGAAUUUCAGCCACUGGGUAACCAAGGCUACGGAUAAAGUAGUUCUGAAGCCCAUCAAGCCGAAAACCGAGAACAGUUAUAACAGGAUGCUCGACGAAUGGGAUACGUUUAGCGCUCGGCGCCGUUGCACGACCCCCUUCGAUUUGAAGACGCUUAAACAAUUCUUGAAAUGGUACUGCGACGGACGGAAGGGUCGCAUCCCCGAUGACGGCGAGGACGACGGAGACGAGGCCGGCGGAACAGAGCCUCGAAUGACACAGGACUCUGUCUACACAUGUUGGAAGAGCUUCAUGUCAGCUUGGCAACGCCGAGAGACGACGUCCUUCCCGAAGCAUGUUCAGACCACGAUCGAAACUCUUAUCUACGGGGGCGACAAUAACUGGCUGAAUCUGAGAACAGUACAGCGUCCAGCUCGAAAUUUCACCCCCAUAGACUUCAGAGUUUGCGUUGGUCAGCUUUGGGGAAAUGACUGGCACGACUUCUACUGUGAAUCAUACCGCGUCCGUCUUCACCUGAUGCAGCUCCUACACGCGAAUACAUCUGCUCGAACCGCGGAAUACGUAAUGAACCUGAGAUAUCUUGAUACCGCUAUCUACCAAGUAUGGUUUGAAGAUAAAUCGCAACCACAGAUUGUAAUCGAUCUCUGUCGCAAACAUACUAAGGGACUUGCCAACCUCCCGCGCAAACAACCAGAGCAUCUCUUGUACGAACUGGUUGACCAACCGUUUUACUAUAAUACGGUGUUAUUCUUCGUGAGCCCCAUCCUCGCGCUUGGCGGCCUACGUGACUUCAAAACGUGGCAAGAUAUCUGUGCUAUACAAAAGCCAGGUGGCCGUGAAUCGGUUCCGUUGCACUACAAGGAGGAUUUCCUGAAUAGGCCGGUCUUCCCGAGAUCUGCGUCCCCAUGGGAACCGGCGACAUCGAUGGUCAACGCUCUAGGUCACUUGGGAGAACGAGCAGGCUUCCGCGACAGACCGACGCCGGGUGCGAUCCGUCGUGAAGGGCUACUAAAAGUUGAUAUGCACGGUUAUUCCAUCAACGAGAGGAUGAGACACGCCGACCACAUCAACCCCAACACGUACGGGGGUUACUAUCAAAGUGGCAUCUCCACGGUGGAUGGUCAGGCUACAUUCUUCGGCCUGGAGAAACAGGGAACGAAACUUCACGAAAUGUUCCGUGGCUUCUCGAUUCACCGAAUCCACAAUUAUAACCCCAAACUCCCACAGAAUUUACAUGCCAAACUAGACCGUCACGUCUCGGAAACUAUGAAGGAUCCUGCGUUCCGUGAAGAGUCAUCUGGCCCAGGACUUGGUCAAAAACUUUAUGACAAGAAACGACAGCAUAAGGCGAGCCUUCUCCAACGACAGCGGCUGUCAUUCUUUGAUGAUUGGACGUCACCCUACCCAAAGCUACCUUAUGAAUCUGAUUUCCAACAAACUAGGAAGCUUAUGCCUGAACGUGAUCAACUGGCAUCCACGUUGUUUAUGUCCGGUUCAUUGCGCGAUAUCAAUGGGUGCCGCGUUAUACAAGACCUCGUGGCUCUAUGCUCAUCACAAAACUCUGAUACAUUCUGUUAUAAUCUCAACGGAUCCCGAACCGAAUGCCUUACCUGUGGUCUGGCCAGACCCAGCAGCAACCACAACUGGUGGUAUCACUUGUACAGUUGUCGGAAGAAACAAAGCGCAGGCGAUGGACGCUUCUCUGAAUUCUGUUUCCUAUGCUUCCUGUGGCUCGAAGACACGGAAUCUUGGCACAACCACGCCUAUCACCACCUCGAACGCGUGGCAACUCUGCCGCUGAGAUGUAACCUCACGAUCUUUCGUGGGAACGUUAUCCGGCCCGCCCUCUGCCCGAACUGUCUAGGAAAUGAUAUCCUCCCGCCCACAGAGAGGAUGCGUCAAUUUCUUAAUGUCACCGAGUGGAAAGCACAUGUUCAGAGGUGUUACCCACGGCAAGGGGCACCAUUUGAAUGCAGACACCCCCGUUGCCGUGAGGUAUCGGCUUUCGACCAAAACAGACUAUUUGUUGAGCAUCGUGCCGACCUCCACCAGACUCCGUCGCCUGAAAAUGAUGAGGCAGGGAGACUGGAGUACGCCGAUAAGCCACCCUACCAAGCUAAACUGUCAGCCGCCAUCGAUGGUGGGCAUCCUAUUCGACGCUUGGAAGGUAGGUGUGGCGGCGACGGUUUCGUGAUCUAUUCAUCCAUGUCCAUGAAAGCGAAGAUUGAGAAUCGGCGCACCGGGAAGCCACGCAAUCCCUCUGAGAUCCCAGAGCGGACAGUGGUGGUCUCAAGCGCAUCAUCUCAACUUCACUGUUCUCAGUCGGGAGCUACGGAAGUAUCCAACACUGACCAAGCGUCACCUGCUCUUAUCAAUCGUACCGAAAAAGGAGCAAAUGACAAUGUACAACCACCGGCCUAUUCGAAAGCCUGGAUAAACGAUGUUCAGGCUCCGGGGAGUGACGAGGACCGAGACAGCGCUGACUCAACUCCGGGACGGUCACUAGCCCGCUUGUUUAGACAAGAUAUAUCACUCCUCGACGCCAAAAGCAUUGAUGUGCGGGGAGGCAAACGGCUGUUUCUGGCAGCGGAUGCUGACCAACAAGGCACACGAAAAAAGAGGAAAUGCAAUAUAACGAUCGAGAUUCCACCUCGACCGACUGAUUGGUGGGUUUGGGAAAAGCUUGUUUCUCCGACAGAGAAUCGAGGAUCGAUGACGUCUUCAAGCCGUCGAGAUCCAACCCGAAAAGCGACCCCGAGGAAGACCGAAGGCGCCAACCAAAAUGAAAGGCUGAAGCGACCACGCGGUAGACCGCAAGGGUCUCGCAAUAAGAAUAGACGCUCCAACUAGUAUAGCUAAUGUGAUUACGUAUAUUCGGA